UAGACAACUCAGCUGGCGAGCACAAAUUAUCUAAGGAAGACAACUCAGCUGGUGAGCACAAAUUAUCUAAGGUAGACAACUCAGCUGGCGAGCAGAAAUUAUUAAAGGAAGACAACUCGGAGCAGGGAAUCACAUUUGAAGCUCACUACAUUCUCUUGCCACUUCACUACAAAUGUCAACUGCAUUUGUACUUUAUACAGUGAUACUUCACGAGUACUUAUUUCAAUUCACUUAAUAUUAUUUUGUCUGGCAUGCAUGAAAUCAUGUUUUACCCUGUCGAACACUCGCCUCAAGGAACAGUCCAACAACAGCAAUGCAUGAGUUUUGAACUCUCAUGUGAGCAUUUGUGACAGUCUUAUUUUUAGUUCUAAUCUUAGUACCUUCACUUUCCGUUUGACAUACACUGACCAUUACUUAAAGCUGUGAUUACAUGUAUAUGGAGCAUUGCGCAAGGUAAACUAUUUUUGUUCUGUUCUUUUGAUGUGCGGAAGAUUUUCUUUCAGCAAGUUCCUCGACUCAGAUUUCCUUUUUUUUUUUUUUAUCCGUUUUGAUGUUUCUCCACAUCAGUUUGCUUCAUAUAGUCUAAGUUUUAACACAGGGAUAUAAGAAUGGACACGAAUUUCAUAUAAGCAUUAUUUCUGUAUUGAAUCUAAAUAAAACGGGGUUUUUCAUUUCAACUUUCGACUGGCUUGAUGUUAGCAUGAGAUAAUAACAUCUUAAAUGAGGAACAUCGUAAACAAAUGGUACUGCACUUGUAAAACUGCUAUCAGGGAAAAGUAAAGAAAGGUCUUAUGCCCUUCAGAAAUUAUGCACUAUAUAUAUAUUACUAACCCUUGGGCCAGUAUAUAUAUAUAUAGUCCUCACUGAUGGAAAUAAAGGCUGCUCUGCAACUCUGUCUUUUUAGUAGUUGUAGUAGUAGUCCUGCCAGCUCCUUCAGAAAAUUAUUUAAACAAGGGCUUCUCAGUAAGUGUGGGUAUCGUGUGUUCAGAGAUAAGCAAGAAUUGUUUUAUCAUUGUUGUUGUUGUUGUUGUUGUUGUUGUUGUUGUUGUUGUUGUUGUUGUUGUUGUUAGCAAGUUUCUAGCCUGGCCCAUCGCUUGAUUGAAAAACUUCCUUCCUUCAAUAUUUACUUACGGUACUAAAUAGGAGUCACAUUAUAAGAGCCGUACGCCAUUAACGGAUAACACAUCUGGAAUGAAGCCAUAGUUAACAGUAUAUAACAUCCGUGAUUAGAGUAUAUAACAUCCAUGAUUAACGGUAUAUAACAUCCCACGUGUUUCCCAUAACAUUGAAAGUAAACAACAUCAAGUGCCUGUUUCCACGGAAACGUCAGGACGGCGUGAAGAAUGAAAAGGGCGCGCAGUCCACACAGCACUCCAACUCAGGAUGGAGCACAUCUCAUAUUGCGGAAGAGAAACAAAAUACUUCAUGUCUGCUGACCGUCCAGCAUAUAAAUGCAGCACCACCAGCACACCGACAUCAAAUGACGGAUAACCUGCUCAGGAGAAAGUCAUCAGCCAUUUCCAUCAUUUUAGCCGAAACGGGAGGUGCAGGAUAUUUUGAAAAGUCCACAAGAGGACGCACUGCCAACACCGGAAAUGACUAGUUUUCCUGUAACAUCACCCUCCAGUCCGUUCAGUCCAUCACAAGGACCUUUCAGCCAUUAUGAACCCGGAGAGUGCUACAGUCAGAGACCCUCCCACACACCCACUGGCACAACCUUUCCACUGAUGUACAUUAGUCUCUUGAUGGUUAUCGCCCUUGCUGGAAACAGUCUCGUGCUCUUUAUCUACAACUGCAGGUGGCGCUCACGAGGAACAAUGAAGGUCUACGUGUCAGCCCUCGCGAUUCUCGACAUAUGUGCUUCUCUCACUAUAAUGCCGCGAGAUCUCGUCACCUUCACCUUAGCUUCUCCUCGUACCCUGGGCAUCCAUUCUCCAGACGCUUUGUGCCGAGUUGUGACCUAUGCUGGAUUCCUCUUGCACUUCUCCUCUGGGAUCAUCCUCGUCGCCAUUGCUGCAAGCCGUUACUCUAAGGUCACCGGGUCAUCCAUGAGAGGAAUCGGAAAGUUAACGCGAUUCGUCAACACCUAUCGAGGUGCCAGGUUGACAUCGGUUGCAGUCGUUGUCAUCUCGUCGAUUUUAACCGUCCCAUCGUUGUUGUUGUACAAGAACAACCCAGACACGCCUUGCUUUCUUCAGGUUCAAAAUCAGUCUUCAUUUCCGGUGUCCGUGUCCAACUGCUACCUUGAAUGCGCACUCAACACUCAGUCGUCUCACAAAGUCUUCGCAAUGAUUUUUUUGAUCUUCAGCCUGGUCGUGUUUUCAUGCAUCUUUGUCAGUUUAAUCUCGCUCUACUUAGCAGUAGGAUACCAUCUCAGAGAAUUAGAAAAAGGUCAGCAGCCUUGUUCUGCACACAACCCUGAAGCUUUAAGAAAUAGUCGCACAGAUCAGCAAAAGUCUGUGGAAGAAGAGACACCUUCGGUCAGCACUGAAGAAACAGAUACUACUGUCCAUUCCUCUUGCACAAAACGGGGUUACAAGUCCCAUCAAUCCACUGCUGAAGAUGGAAUCCUUCAUUUUCCUGUAGCAUACAACUUCAACAUCAUCUCGUCUGCUCCACCCAAGCCGAGUGAGGACAUCGAAAAAAAGGAAUGCAAAAGCAAUAUGCUGGAUUCCUUCCUGCCGUCUGUUCGCGACGCCAAGCUGAAAAUGACCAAGACAAAAAAGAAAACUCUCAUGAUGAUGAUCAUCACGGUGAUUUUUAUUUUGAGUUACCUCCCUUUCUUGUCCUUGUCCAUCGCUAACCAGGUUACAGGCGGGCUGUGCAGCAAGAUGUCACCUGACUGGCUGAUGACCGCGGAGGUCUUCUGGCGCUCGUUUUACAUCUCCAACGCCGCUAACCCCAUCGUGUACGGCUUCUGUAACCCCACCUUUCGCAAGGUGUUGUGGAAGACGCUCAGCUGGCGAGCACAAAUUAUCUAAGGCGUUGUUACUCCUCGAGAUUAAUGGUCUUUACAGCUAAAUAGACUAUUUUUCUCCUUGCGGCAACAUGGCAGUCAAGUCAUUAAGUAUUUACUUCAAACUGUGAUUUGUGUGAAUACAGUUAUUUUUAAAUUGUG